CUCCGCCCGGAGCGUUACACACCCGACUUCCGCUCUGUGCGUUCCACCCGACUUCCGCCCUGUGCGGUCCACCUGACUUCCGCCCUUUGCGUUCCACUAGACUUUCGCCUUGUGCGUUUCACCUGACUCCCACCCUUUGCGUUCCAUCCACAUUCCGGCCUUACUUCCGUUCUGCGCAAAAUACUCAAUUUCCGCUUCGGUCCACAGUCGAAGAAGGCAUUGUUGUGUCUACAAGCAGCAGACCAUUGGUGCUUGAGGAACCAGAGUCUUUAAUAAAAGUCACAUGAAGAUGAGACACCUCCUGUACACUGAUUCACCAAGGAUGAAAAAGGACAGGAAACACCUGUCUGAGAAGAUAUUAUCUGUCACCCUGGAGAUCAUCCAUCUACUGACAGGAGAGGAUUACACAGUAGUGAGGAAGACAUCUGGUGGGUGUGAGACACCGAGCAGCCGUCCCCGUGUGUCAGGAAGACUGAGCAGGACCCAGAGCCCCAUCCCGGUGCCUCCACCUCGCUCACUGAUGCAUCAGAGACACAAUGACCAGAAAAUCCUGGAACUCACUAACAAGAUCAUUCAGCUGCUGACUGGAGAGGAUGAAGAUAGAAAUAUUAAGGUAGAAGAUACAGAGGGAGAAGAAGAGACCGAUGUAACUGAUAUGAAGGCAGAAGAUACAGAGGGAGAAGAAGAGACCGAUGUGACUGAUCUGAAGGUUGAAGUCAUAGAGGUAGACGAAGAGCCGUAUGGGACGGAUAACGCAGAAGAUACGGAGGGAGAAGAAGAGACGUAUGUCACUCCUAAGGCAGAAGAGGGAGAAGAAGAAACGUAUAUGACUGAUAAUAACGCAGAAGAUACAGAGGGAGAAGAAGAGACGUAUGUGUCCAAGAAUAAGUCAGAAGACCGGGAAAUACAGACUUAUACGUUGGGUGAUUGGCAGUGUAAGGAGGAGGAAAUCCCUACAGAAAUCGGCACAGAUGGAAAGCGACACAUGAAUUCAUCAGAGAGACAUCUCUUUAUAUCUCCAGAUGGUAAAGUAGAAGAUACCAACAUCACACAAAAGUCUCGAGGAGAAAACUCUCGUCCCCCAAUUCUAAAUGCAGAAUCUCCCAGAGCAGGCAUAUCAUCUGUUACCUCUAAUUAUGAAGGUCGUUCUCCUGGUAACUCAAAUAUUGGUACAUCUAGUGGAGCUCGUAGAGUAGGUAAGGGGUUUCCCAAUUCUGUUUAUGACAAAUUUUUUACACCGAGCACAAAGAUUAUUACCCAUCGGCGAGCUAAGACAGGUGAGACAUUUCCAUGUUUUGAGUGUGGGAAAAGUUUUACCCUAAAAUUAACACUCGUUAGACAUCAGAGACUUCACACAGGUGAGAAACUUUAUCCAUGUUCUGUGUGUGGGAAAUGUUUUACAGAGAAAUCCUCCCUAGUUACACAUCAGAGAACUCACACAGGGGAGAAGCCCUUUCCAUGUACUGAGUGUGGGAAAUGUUUUACACAGAAAGCAUCUCUUGAGAUACAUCAGAGAACUCACACAGGCGAGAAACCGUUUUCAUGCGCCCAGUGUGGGAAGUGUUUUUCGCGGAAAUCAACACUCAUUAGACACGAGAAAAGUCACACAGGUGAGAAACCUUUUCCAUGCUUUGAGUGUGGGAAAUGUUUUACACAAAAAGCACAUCUUAUUAAACAUCAGAUUUCACAAACCGGGUGUAGCAACACUCUUGUCCCACAAUGUUUUAAAAAUGCAAGUUAAUCACCGGCAGACAACUGGAAAUGGAUGCCACGAAUAGGAGACUGGAAUAGAUCACUCGGAUGAAACGUAUUGUAUUUUCUUCUAUUAGAGAGCAGCAGCACUCUCCAUAGUAAUCAAAUAUCACGUUGUUCUAUAUUGUCUAUGUAUUAUGCGUUCUAGUCGCACAUGCAAAAAGUAGAAGAUAAAAAAAACAUGAUCAUUUUUAAAAACUGAGUCUGUUAUGGAAACCUGCGGGUAGGAAUCCAACUUCUUGCUGUUUUGGAAUGGUGGAUUAAUUGGUGACGCAAAAACCACAAAGUAUUUCAUGGUGCUGUUUAGAAAAAAUGUAAAAAAAAUAAAAAUCACAUUCUUGCUAUUUCAAUUAAAAUAAUUAAUUUUGGAGGUUUUUUUUUUUUGCCUCUAUAAGUAAAAAUAAACAAACUAAUGGUAAAAUAAAAUAAUACAAAACAUAGGGUGACAUUUACUAAGCAGUGAUAAGAGCGGAAUAGCGAGUCAGUGGAGAAGUUUCCCCAUCAACCAAUCAGCAACUCUGUAUCAUUUUAUAGUAUGCAAAUUAUAGAUGUGACUUUAGUGCUGAUUGGUUGCCAUGGGCAACUUCUCCGCUCUUAUCACUGCUUAGUAAAUGUCCCCCAUAGACCGUUAUUGUCGGCACUUGUCGCCACAACUGCAAAUCUGUAUGUACCUAGCAAAUGAUAGAAUUAUCAUGUUCAUGUAUUGAUCAGAACAUGGACUCCUUCAGCUCAACGUCAUGGGUUCCCCUUCUUCUGCAAGUUCCUGCUCUACAAAAUCUGCUUCACACCCCAUUACAUUGCAGGUAUAAUGUACUCACCUUCCAGAUACAGAGGCUGGCAUUUGGGGCGGACGUGUGAGCCAUUGCUAUUCUUCAAUGGCAUUAAUAUUGUCACACCUGGCACCAUGUAUAAAAUGGGUGAAUCAUCCAUAGGUCGACCCCAAGCUACAUACAGUAUGUUCUCUUUCUUAGCUUUCACAGCCUCCUGCCCCCAGGCCAACAUUGCUUAGUGACCAUAUCAUGCAGCCCACCAGGAACCUUUGCAAUCUGGUUGGCGCAUUAUGCAAUAGAUAGCACCUCUCCUCCUGUGUCCAUGCCUAUUUCCCUGUAGAUUGUAAGCUUGCGAGCAGGGCCCUCCUACCUCUAUGUCUGUGUUAUUACCCAGUCUUGUUCUGUUACUGUUUGUUUCCAUUUGUAAAGCGCAACGGAAUAUGCUGCGCUAUAUAAGAAACUUAAUAAAUAAAUAUUGUAAUUAGGAA